GAAAAAUCCUAAACAUACGGUCUCUUUUUCCUUGUCCAUUCCAGUUGCAGAGUUCAGCAGCUUCCUCUGCUUCUUGUUCCUCUUCUCCCAUACCUCUCCCCAACUUCAACUCCAAGUUGAAAGCCUCUUCUCAUUAAAUGGAGAGUUCAAACUCUAGUGACAUAAUAGAUGAAAAUCCAAGUUAUUCGUCAGACGAUGAAGAUGAAGAAGAACUGGAGGAAAUACAGAGGGAGCAAAAUGAGAAGGAAUGGACUGCUUUAUGUCAAAUAGCAGGUAAAUUAAUAUUGAUGUAUUACCAAAAAUAUCUAUGAAAGGAACCUUGUCGUACAUCUAGUCGCUCUGGAAAUGUAUUUAUUCAAGAGAUAUUAAGAGGAAACGAGACUCGUUGUUAUGAAAAUUUUCGAUUGAGGAAGUCGGUGUUUGUUGAUCUAUCGAAUGACUUAACUGAAAACUAUGGGCUUAAACCCACACGUGGAAUGUCUAUACACGAGAUGUUAGGCAUGUUCUUGAUGACUUGUGCACAUGGAGCUGGAAAUCGAUUGAUACAGGAAAUCUUUCAACAUUCGAGAGAAACAAUACAUAGACACUUUCAUAGUGUUUUAAAGGCGAUUUGUGUGCUUGCAAGAGAUAUAAUUAAACCACAUCAAAAUUAUAAUGAUGGUGCAGGAGCUCACAAGUCAUGUAAUGGUCGAUAUCUCCCUUUCUUUAGAGAUUGUAUUGGAGCACUUGAUGGCACACAUGUUAAAGCAAGGUUACCACAAGCUCACGAUAGCCGUAUAUUUGGUGAGGCCCUUCGUAGACCAGAACUUAACUUUCCACGUCCAAUCGGAAAUAAGUAUUAUCUAGUUGAUGCAGGAUAUCCUCACAUGAAGGGAUAUAUGGCUCCAUACAAAGGAGAUAAUGUGAGAUAUCACCUAGCACAAUUCCGCCGCGGUGCAACAAGACAAUUGCGAGAACCAAGAGGGAGAAUUGAAAAAUUUAACUAUUUGCAUUCCUCUUGUAGAAAUAUUGUUGUGCGAACAUUUGGGGUUUGGAAAGCAAGAUGGUCAAUUUUGCGAGACAUGCCUUUUUAUCACAUUGACACUCAAAGAGACAUCGUACUUGCUACUAUGGCCAUUCAUAACUAUAUUAGAAAGAAAUGCAAUAGGGAUGAUGCAUUCCGAGCAGCUGAGAAUGAGAGAUAUGUUCCAUUUGUUGAUCCUGAUGUUGGUACAUCUUUGAGAGCUCAUAACAGUAUAAAUGCGGAAAAUGUGGAAGAGCAAAGUGAUCUUGUUUGGAUGGGUCUUCGUGAUUUUAUUGCUAAUGAAAUUUGUGAAGCUUGAUACUUAUAGUGUAUUAAUAUUUAUUAUUUGUAAACCACUAAUAUUUAUUGGUUAACCACGUUUCAGAAUGAGGGGAGGCAUCAACAUACAUCAAUAUAUGGUAUUUAUAUGUAUGUAUUUGAGUUGCCAAGAUUUUAUAACUUUCAUAUGUGUUUGGGUUGCGAGAUAUUAACGUUCUACAUGUAUGUAUUUGGUU